AUGGAACAACUUGUGUCACUUGUUGAAGAUAAAUUAAAAGAGGUUUUUGAAGAAGAACGUAAAAGAAAUGUCUGCCAUCCAUUUCAAGGGGAGUGUGUUGAUGUAAUGGAGAAAUUUGUUAUGGGACCAGGCAAACGAUUGAGACCACUAAGCUUGCUGUUGUUCUUUAUUGGAGGAGGAGGAAAGAUCGAAGAAAGAAAGGGUGUAAUUCGUACUGCAUGUGCAAUGGAGUUAUUACAUGACUCAACACUUGCACAUGAUGAUAUAAUGGACGAAGAUGAAUUGAGAAGAAAUGCACCAACAGUAGUAAAGACAUUUUAUGAUAAAUAUGUUGAAAGAAAUAAAGAAGACGUCAAAACAGAAAAGUUUUUAUUUAUUUCUCGUGGUACUACUUAUGCUAGUUCUAUUGCUAUUAUGGUAGGUAAUAUUCUCUAUUCAAUGGCACAACGACUUUGUUUAGAGUCAGGAAGUAAUAUAGCAGAGAUGUUGUUAGAGUUAUUUGAUGUAUUAAAUUAUGGACAAAUACUUGAUAUGAGUUGUUUAAGCACUGUAGAAGAUUAUAAAUUAAAUGUUAUUAUGAAAACUGCCAUUUUCUUUAAAACAACUGCUUGUAUAGGAUUAACGUUAGCUGGUAGAUCAGAACAUGACAUUGAAAUUGGAAAAGAAUGGGGAGAACAUUUUGGAAUUGCAUUCCAAAUGAGAGAUGAUUUACUCGAUAUUGAUCCAUUAAAUGGUAAGUUAAGAAAAAUGGGAAGUGAUAUCAAAGAAGGAAAGAAAACAGCAGUUGUUUGGACUGCAUUAAAAGAAGGAGUAUUGAGUAAAGAAGAUAAAGAAUUUGUAGAAGGAAUUUUAAAAUUAAAUGAAAAGGCAUUUGACAACCAAGAAGCAUUUACUAAAUUCUUGAACAUUCUACGUGGAAAACCAAGUGAAAUUGUUAGACAAGAAAUCAAGGAACAUCACCAAAAAGCAAUUGAUGCAUUAAAACAACUUCAACUCAAAGAAGAAGGUUUUUCAUAUUUACAACAAAUAACUGAUUUGUUGUUACAUUAA